AUGGCGCGAAUCCCCUCUUGCACCGAUAAAUUUCUUCGAUGGCCCUCUAUACCUCACCAAACGGCUUCCCGCACUGCCCUUCACUUUGUUGACUUACCCGCCGCUGCGCCAGACGGAUUUACUCCCCUGGCUUUUGAUCUUGCCAAUGUCCUCCUCCUCACGCAUGCUAUGACGAAGCCGUUGGUCGUCCGCUGGCUGUCAAACGAGUCCCCCAUCGUAUCUUGGAGGGUAUCGCCUCCCGCAGAGACGAUCUGCGGUCCACAGGCCACGGUCCUCGCUACCUUUUUGUGCACAAGUCGCUGCUGUAGCCAAUACGGGUUUGUCAUGGCGCGCAAUCUUUUACGGCUCAAACUACGGCUUCCACACGAGCAUUCAUCCUCAUUUAUGACGGCCAUCUGCUCUCUCCUCAUUCGGCCGCUCCGUUUGCGAGCUCGUCGUCCCCUUCCUCGGCACCCUCAUACUGUCAACAUCUCCCGCCCCGUUUUUGCUGCCGGAGCUCAACACCAGCUCAAGCAGGAUAAAUACCAUCCGGAAAAACGAUAUCGGCACCUGAAGCUGCUGAAAUCGACCGCCGCUAUCGCGGAAGAUAGUGGCACGACCUGUUUCGCUUCCACAGCGGUCUCGACCCUCAGAUCUCCUCUCCUUUUUUCAUUCCCUUUCUCUGCCGCCAAAUGUUUACCGAAUACAACUUCUUCUGUGCGCAGACUUUCGCGCGCCAACAAGCACCUCCGUCCUGUUUCAAAUGUCACCAUACCAUCCCUCCUCCGCCACUGCUGUUUCCCCAUAUCUGGCACUCUCCUUCGCCCUACCUUUGCCUCAUGCAUAUUCUGCGUCCCUGAUGUCUGA